GGAUAGUAAUUGGCAGAUAACAGCUCUAUUAUAUUCCUUGCCAAACAAGCAUUCCGAUGUUGUAAUUGUGGUUGAAGAAAGGAAGCUUUAUUUCUUCAAACAGCUGCUAUAUCUCGUGUCCCCAGUGUUCAAAUCGAUGCUGUGUUCAGAUUUCAAAGAGAAGGAAAUCCUUACGAUCAACGUGGAAAACAAACGAUUUGAACAUAUGGUUAUGCUUCUUGCGUGGAUUGAUCCGGCUGUUGCAUUUAACUUAAACGUAAAUGAGGCGGAGACUCUGUUACCCUUGGCAGACGAAUAUGACAUCACCAGUCUUCGUCAGUCCUGUCUGAACAUUCUUAUCAACAAUUUACCAAUGGGAAGCAGUGAAGUAGUCUUUCGAUACCUAAACAUAGGCGAACAGGGCAAUAUGACAGCCCUGAUUGAGGCAGCCAUAAGCAGAGCAACAGAAUUUAACCCGAGUGAUCUAAAAUCGGAUGAAAACCUUUACAACUCAAUUUCGCCCUCAACUCUCACCAAAAUUUUGGAGAAGCGUAUUAUAAAAUGUGAAAAAUCUAUUGAGAGUACUCCUCCUAGACGUGGUGCUAAAUCCCAACGACAUCUGGCAACACAAUCAACCAUCACUACACAAGCAGCAUCUGGUUUUUCUUUUUGUGCAGCCGUUCCAUCCACAUUUCAAGAACCAACCAAGCCUACACAAGCAGCAUUUGGUUCGAGUUUUCCUCUUGGUGGAGCCUUUCUAACCACACUUCAAGGACCAACCAACCCAACUCUUGUAUCUGAUACUGAGACUAUGGUAUCAACAACCCAGAAACAACUCGAAGAGUGUACAGUUGACUCCAUAUACUGUUCUUCGUCUGACCUCACUGAUGUCACUAUAGUCGUGGAAGAGAAGAAACUGUACUUCUACAGUGAGGUACUUCGGCGAACUUCAUCCGUAUUCUCCAGCAAGCUGGAUACCAUAGAUGAAGACAGGGAAAUAUCACUGGAUGUUGGAACCUUCCAGGACCUGUCAGUGCUACUGGAAUACCUCGAUCCCAGAACCAAAAGGAUACUUCCUAGCGUGAAAACUGCUCUCCAGUUGCUCUGGUUAUCUCUCGAGUACGACAUCCAGAUUUUACAUGAGGCUUGCGAGAAUUACCUGACGUCCAAUAUAUCAAAGGGUGACGAGCAUGACGUCACCCGGUGCAUUCUGCUGGCCGACAGGGGGCAGUGUUCGGAGCUGAAGACAGUGGGGAAAAGGGAAGCAACACGGAUCAGAAUUGACAAACUGAAACAGACGGAGUCGUACAAAGAAUUUGAUCCUGUAACUCGCAUAGAACUUCUGGAAUAUAAAUUAAGAUAUUAACAGUGACAAAUAUGUUCCUAUUAUACGUGUCCACCCAUGGUAGAUAACGUCUAUGCUAGGCAUCAUGUAGCUCGAGUGUCCUCUAGCCCUAUUAUAUUGAUCAAUCUAAUUAAAAUUAGCUCCACUGGUUAAUUACCAGUAGAUCUAACCGCAUUGCGUGGACUCCCAUGUCCAGGUGUCAUUUCA